AUGAGAGGGUUGAUAAUACGAACUCGGCAGGGUGCAUUGCUAGAGCACCUCAAGCCCUCAGCUUCUGUCGUACGACAAUUCCAUCAUAGCAUUGGCACUCGUAGAUCACCAAUUCAUUCAAGACGCCUUAAUUCUAAUUCCAAGAGGCUUUAUCGUAGUAAUGACCAUCAAUUUACCUCACAAUUUGAACCAAGAGAUACUAAAUUCGAAAUUGGUACUCCCGGGCGAGAGCCUGAGUCCGAGCCCCAGCACCAACAGCUGGAUGAAAAGCUCAUUCGCAUUAAUCCUAGCAUGUCCGACUACGAAGUCGAGAAGGUAUACACAAAAUUUGUUCUAGCAACAGAUAGCUCGAGCGGAGCAUUAAAUUAUAGAAAUGUAGACGAGGCAAUAGGUAUAUGGUCCGAAGCCUUCAGCGUAAACGAUUCUAAAUCGCAGCAAGUCAUAUCGCUACAACAGAAAUUGAUCUCGAAAAGGAAACGAUUGAUAACCACCUUAAUGAACCAUAAAAAAUACGAUUUGUAUGUGAAAAAGGUCGAAGAUUUAUACAAAAAUCAUCCACUGUUUGCAAAAUUGGACCCUGGGUGGACUGAAAGAGUCUUCCUGAUAAUAAAAUUUCAAGAUGGAGACUUCGAUAUACCGUCGAUUCAUCUGUACAUAUCAAACGAAUCAGUAGGUAUUGACAAGAGAAGAGAUCUCAUAACUACAUUUUUAAGGAAAGGCUUGUACUAUUCUGAGGAGAGAUCAGUCAUGCUUAGAAAUGAGCUAAACGAAAAUGAAUAUCGGUAUAUUAAAGCAUUCUUCGAAUUCGCUUCGAUUGUCGAGGAAGGGCUCGACAAUUUUUCAAAUGGGAUAAGUUCAUACCAGAGAGCCAUAAAUGUCAUUAUUGGGAUACCCAAUAUAUCACUGACUUUGAAAAGCAUAAUAGUAGGUCUUGGCAGCGAUGAGAGUCAUGAGUUGGUGAGGAAUCAUAAGUUAGUAAAUCGAGAACAAACUUAUUUAACAAUGCUAAGUUUGCUUUUGAAAUGCCUGGCUGAUCAUAACCAAUCAAAGAUAGCACUUUCGAUUUGGAAAGAUAAGAUAUCAUAUCAUAAACGUACAACUACACAUUUGCACACAAUCAGCUUGACACCUGAUGAUUUGACUAAUAUCAUGCAGGCAACUUUCGACGCAGGGUUGUAUGCCAAAACUGUCGAAUUGUAUAAGGAAUGGCAAUAUUUAUUAAAGGAUGAUUUACAAAUUUCUAUUUUGCUUAAACUUGCAGGGAAAGAAAGAGACUGGAGAUCAUUACAGAAGCAAUUUGAGGAUAUGUAUGGAAAGGGAACAUUGCCACAUAAGGUUCAUUAUGGAAUUGUAAUGAAUGCUUUAGCAUCAAUUGGAGCUAGAGAUGAAGUUAAAACUUUGUUCAAUCAGCUACUUCGCAGAAACUUUGUACCAGACACUUCAGUGAUAGCAGCAUUAGUGAAUAGCUCCAUGUACCAUGGAGAAUUUGAUACUGCUCAGAGAAUAAUUGAGAAAUACGGUUCUGGCAAAGGCAUUUCCUCCGACUACUUAUACCAAACGAUAUUUGAUUUAUUCCAUCGUUCCAAUGACUUGAAAAAUGCUAUCAAAUGGUUUCACAUUGUAGUAAAAGAGCAAAAGGAAAGCAAAACUGCUAGACUAUUGAACUCCAAUUCUAUCACUUCGUUAACUAAAGUCUGCCAAAAGAAUUAUGCAAUAAAGGAGUUGGAUAUGAUACUACGCACUAUUAAUACUGAUGAGCAAUUCAAUUACCUCAUUCAAAUGAAGACAUAUGUCGACUUUAUGAAAGCCUAUACUAAACUUAGUCUUUAUGAGGAAGCUGAAAACUUGAGUUUCAUGGCUUUUGAUAUCCUCACACAUCCACAUAACUGUGGUAGUCUCUUUACUGCAAAAAUGUCAAACUAUAGACGAUGGCUCCAAAGUUCUCGAUAUUCUACUGUUCAUGAAAAAGAACUCCUUCAUAGUCAAAUUAGAACUAUUAUUAACCUGCAUUUAACUUCUAAAGUUAUACCCACGGCUGAGUGGUUUAUGGAAUUGAUAAAUUAUUACAUAUACGUUGAUAACAAUUUGGACAGAGCAGAACAAGUUUUGGAAUUCUUGAAGAAGAGCAAUUUACAGCUAUUGAAUGAGAGGCACUACCAUCCCAUAAUGAAAUAUCACGUUCUUAAUGGCCAGCAUAAUAAUGUAUUGGAGUUAUUCAAAGACAUGACAUCUAAUGAUGUUCUGGUCUCCAUCAUGUCUCAUUUUUGGCUCAUGCGAGCAUUAACACAUCUUGAUAAGACUAAAAGAACUGAUUUCACUAACUCAACAAACUUGUUAAAGGCAGUCUACGAUAUCAACGGGUUGACAUUAGACACUAGUACUAUUGGAUCCUCCGCACCUCCUGCUUCGGCAACCUCUUCUGAUGUUGUCUACAAUCAGAGACAAGUCCCCAAAGGGGAACUAUAUCAGAAUGUGGAAGUGCUUGCAAACAUCACGAUGAUCUAUAUACUUGAAAAAAAUGAUCCCACGGGGAAUAACUUGUUGUUUCACUUCUUGGAGCAGGUUCGGGAAAGGACCAGUGAAAGAGUUACCAAUACUUUCAAGUAUCCUCUUUACAAGAACAUUUUUAAAUACUAUAAGAAACUUGGAAACCAUAUCCAGGCCGAAAGCAUUGCGCAGAACAUCUUGCAAGAUUUGAAAUCGACUAUAGAUACUUACAUCAUUGACUUGAAGGAAGUAAACCAAGGAAAGCAAGUCUCUGUCCCCACUAACUUAGAGCUUGGCUAUCAGUAUUACUUGGGAACCAAGUUGAAAGAUUACGAAAUUGUAAGACCAUACAAUAUUGACAAUGAAAGCUUUUUUAGGGAUAUUGUUGAUCUUGUUGAGCCAAUGAAAAAUGGAGAAAUAAAAUUAAAUAUUUUCGUCUACAACAAAUUGGUGCAGUUAUUAGUUUCCAUUCCCCCACAACACUCUGAGAUUUCUAAAAAUGGAUUCUUAAGAGCAUUGGGGAUUUGUGAAGACUAUUUAACUACCCAGAAUUGGAGAUUGGUUGCAACUGAAAAGGCAAAGCAGUAUAUACUUAAGGCACUAAUGGUCUUUAUGAAUCAUUCAAUUUCAAAGCAAGUUUUGCAAGAGAAAUACUCAAUUGUUUUGGAUUUCUAUAUGAUCAAAUUGGAUGACUUACUAGCGCAGUAUCAAUCCCAGCAGUUGGUCAAUUCAAAAGCAUUCUUGCAAAAAGCGAUAAAUUCAUUCAGUAAAAAAUUUUCGGAGAACAAUCCUUUAACAAUUGAUACCUUGUUGAAGAGAGACCUAGAAUUUUUCAAACCUCCUAACCCCAUGAAAAAUCAUCUAGUCAUACAGAAUCACAAUGUUAAUCUUUUACUUUCCAGGCUCAAGCACUUUAUGUUUGUAGAGCUGGGGGGUCUGAAAGAAGAAUGGUUCAAAUUGAUGGACGAGUACCCUUUGACCAUAGAGUUUUUACUAAUGGCAGAAGCAAGACACCUUCGGUAUCUGAAGUUUAUGUGGGCUAUUGAUAAACUUGAGCCUGCCCCGGUUAGCGAACUCCAAGAAUCGUUUGAAAGUAAACAAGAGAGAAUUUUUAGGGCAUUAAGAAAGAUCCAAGAGGAUAACCAACACGUCACAGCACAUUACAUUUCGUGA